AAAACAAAACGCAGAAAAAUCGUAAAAGGAAGAAGAAAAAAAGAACAAACGGCACAAUUUUUUAACCGGAGAAACAAAGCCGAAAAGGAGAAACGAUAUGUCGUGCUCCGUCGCAGUGGCUAACUCGCCGGUGUUUUCCCCGCCGUCGUCUCUGUUCUGCAACAAAUCCUCCAUGAUCGCUCCGGCCCCAGAAACCCUGACUUCGGCGUCAUCACCGGCGGGAUUGGCUUCGUGUUCGUCUCCAUCUUCGCCGUCUUCGCCGUUUCGGAUUCGGAUCCCUAAGCCGCCGAGCGGGUUGUCGUGCUCGGGUCCGGGGUCUCCAGUGUCGCAGCUGAAGAGGAAGAGGCCGGCGAAGCUUUGUAUUCCAGUGGUGUCCUCGGGAUACGGGACUGCUCCGCCGACGCCGUUAACGGCGGGGAGGCGAGAGGUGGUGGAGUCAGAUAGAGAAGGACACUACUACGUGUGUUGCAAGAGAGGGAGGAGAGAGGCUUUGGAGGAUCGCUACUCAGCUAGUCUUAAUCUUGAAGGUGAUUCCAAACAGGCGAUUUUCGGUAUAUUUGAUGGGCAUGGAGGUGCAAAAGCUGCUGAGUUUGCGGCAGAGAACUUGUCAAAGAACAUUUUAGAUGAAGUUGCGAGGAGGGGUGGUGAUGAAAUUGAGGAAGCAGUCAAGCAUGGUUAUCUGAAUACCGACUCUGAUUUUCUCAAGGAGGAUUUCCGUGGUGGAUCAUGCUGCGUGACGGCUUUGAUCAGGAACGGUAACCUUGUUGUGUCCAAUGCUGGCGAUUGCCGUGCUGUCUUGAGCAGUGGAGGCGCUGCCGAAGCACUCACAUCUGAUCAUCGGCCAUCAAGGGAAGACGAGAAAGCCAGAAUUGAUAACUUGGGUGGAUAUGUCGAUUUAUACCAUGGUGUUUGGAGAAUUCAGGGAUCUCUUGCUGUAUCGAGAGGAAUUGGCGAUAGGCACCUUAAACAAUAUGUAACUCCAGAGCCAGAGACCAAAGUGCUCAGAAUCAAACCCGAACACGAGUUCUUAAUUAUGGCCUCAGACGGAUUAUGGGAUAAGGUUAGCAACCAAGAAGCAGUGGAUAUCGUACGUCCUUCAUGCUUAGGCACUGACGGGCAGCCGUUGGUGGCUUGCAAAAAGCUGAUAGAACUAUCUACAUCACGAGGCUCUUUCGACGAUAUUAGCGUGAUGGUAGUCCAAUUGAGACGCUACUUAUGAUUUUCGGCUUAACAAGAGGUGGUACGUCAGAAAGAUCAAGGUGUUUGGACUUCAGAGUAGCCAUGUCUAUGCUAUAUUAUUUAACCAUUUUAUCUGCAAUUUGUUUAACACCAAUAGAAGAUAAAUGGCGCUUAGUCAUUGAUUUGUAUAAUUGCUGCAGCCUUAUUCUUUAAUUCUUUGUAUAACUUGACUUAGUUCAAGAUGUUGAUUAAUUCAUUCUUUUAGAAUAAUACGACUUGCACAUUAGAAUGUUA